AGAACAAACUGGUAAAUUAAAUCAGUAUUUAUUUUCAUUUUUCAGGGUUUUUGAGCCUACUAAAAAGAUUCAAAGCGGUUAUGUAACAUCAAAAUCUUCAGGAGAAGGUUUCUAUGGUUUGAUUGUUGACAGCCUCAUAUCUGAAGAUUUUUCAGAGUCUCUUGUAAUAACACUGCCAAAAACUCUGAGGAUAUAGAUCAACCAUGGCAACUGAUUUGCAAGAAAAUGGUACUGUCAAAUUGAAUGAAGAAUAUUUAGCUGAGUUGGAAGCAGCAGCUGAAGGGCGGUACACAGAAAGUGAUGAAGAAUUCAUGAAGAUUUUUAACAGCCCAUCACCUAAACCUCCAAUACUGCCUAACAAUCAAUUCAAUCGAAAUCGACAUGGAGGUCGAUUUCGAGGUAACAGAAACCGUGGUGGAUAUCGUGAUAACUGGCAAGAUAGACAAUCAGAUGAUGGGCAGGGUAGAAGAUCAGAUGGCUGGCAAGAUAGAAGGUCGGAUGGCUGGCAAGAUAGAAGGUCGGAUGGCUGGCAAGAUAGAAGGUCGGAUGGCUGGCAAGAUAGAAGGUCAGAUGGCUGGCAAGAUAGAAGAUCGGAUGGCUUUCGUGGCAGAUCUGGACAUCAUGGAGAAGGAAGACAUGGAGGGCAGAGGGAUGAAAGACAAGGUUAUUGGAAUUCUAGGAACAAUAAAAGAAGUUGGGAUGAUGAUAGGAGGUAAUGAAGUAAUAAGAUGUGAAAUUUAAGAUUCAGGCAUUUUAUAUGUCACUAAUAAUACAUCCAUGAAAGCAAAAAUUUAUUUUUAAGUAUGUGAUGUCAAAAAUCUCAUUCGACUUUCAAAUAUUUCCCAUAAUAGUAUUAAUGCUGUUGUUGGAAUUCUUGUAUAACUUGAUAUUUUUUCCCCUAUGUUUAUUAGUUUUGUAGUUGGGGUUUUUUGAAAACUGAAUGUGGAAUUAAAAAGUGUUUGAAAAGGCUUUAUUGUACAACAUGUUAUUUAGAGGGAAGAUUGUGAAUUUUUCAGCUUAAGAAAAAAUUUAUUUGGGUUAUGCAUUACAUUUCAUUAUUUACCAAGGUAAAAAUGCAAAAGUCACUAUUGCAUUUUUCAUUCCUGUUUGAUAUAAUGUACUUUGAAUAAAAAACACUAGUUUA